AUGACAAGACUACUCUCACUGCUGAUCUUCAACGACCAGAUUUCUUCUUCUUCUCCUGCCACCCUGAAGUCCUCCAGGUGUGUCAGUGUGGCCCAGGUGGACAGCACCCUGAGCCGGUUCCAGAGGAGACACCUGGGCAGGUUUGGAUGGGUCUCUCCAAAUACGCAGGACUCUCAGGACACUCGGACCUGCGAGCAGACAGCUGCAGAAAUGCGGGGAGAGCUGAGCAAUCGCUCCCUGUCCCCGUGGAAGUACAGCGUAAAAACUGAAGACAACAGGAUUCCUUACGCGAUCUCGUUCGCCGAGUGUCUCUGUAAAGGCUGCAUCAUCGGCCGGCGUGAAGACCACAACUACAACUCCGUGCUCGUGUCUGUUUCGCUGAUGGUCAUGAAGAAGAGUCGGUGCCCAGGAGAGCCAGACAAAUACAGGAUCGACAAGGAAUUUAUCAACGUCCCUGUGGCCUGCACGUGUGCUGUGCCCAAAUACACGAAAGGAUCGUAA